AUGGCUUCCACACAACAGCACAUACAGCUCGCCAAGAGCCUGCCUCCGCGCCUCAUGCGCUUCUUCCAGAAAUUCCCGCCGCCGUCACUCCUCCAAGGCACCGCCGCCGCAUCGUCCAACACCACCACCACAAUUGCCGCAGCCGCAGCGGACCAGCCGCAAGAGCCGGCCUACCACAACCCGUUCAAGCCGCGCUUCAACACCAUCACCGGCCGGUGGCAGGGCCCCGUCUUCUCGCUGCGCCGCCAGGCCGAGCUGUGCAAGAUUGCCGCCAAGCACGGCGUCGAGGAUCUGCUGCCGCACUCGAUCAAGAAGAGCGGCGAGCGCGCGCGCCGGCGCGAGGAGCAUGGCCUGCGUGUCAAGGGCACCGGUGUCGGCCAGAGGGUCAAGGGUAAGGAGUGGGAGCGCGGGCUCAAGGGCAAGCUGGAGGAGAGGAGGCAGGCCAUGCUCAAGAUGCCCGAGUUGAUCCAGGAGUGGAAGCAGCGCGGUCAUGGUCGUGGUUGGAAGAAGUGGCCGAAAUAA